AAAUCAUAACCACGAAAAACAACAACAUUGAACAAUGUCUGCGCCCAUCUGAAAAAUGUAAAACACGUGUAUCUUUCGAACCUCUGUAGGAAUGGAAGGGUUCCCAUCAAAACGGAAAAAGUUUGAUGACAAUGUCGACGACUUGAAGAAUGUUACAGAUACCGAGGAUCAAACGAAUACGACGGACAAUCAAGAUAAGGAAUAUUUCCAAAGUUAUGCUGAUGUCGGAAUCCACGAGGAAAUGCUGAAUGAUACAGUGAGGACAAACGCUUACAGAUAUGCCAUAUUGAAGAACUACGAGAAGAUCCGAGGGAAGGUUGUGGCAGAUGUAGGGGCGGGGACGGGAAUACUUAGUGUAUUCUGUGUACAGGCCGGAGCCAAAAAAGUGUAUGCAAUAGAAGGUAGCAGCCUUUCAUCCCAAACAAAACUUGUUGUUGCUGAAAAUAAAAUGGCCGACAGAAUAACUGUAAUACAGAGUAAAGCAGAGGAUGUUAAUUUACCAGAGAAAGUAGAUGUUGUAGUCAGUGAAUGGAUGGGCUAUUCUCUGUUCUAUGAGUCUAUGUUACCUUCAGUCCUUCAUAUCAGAGAUCACUGGAUGAAAAAGGACGGAUUAAUGUUGCCGUCCUCUGCUGUGCUGUAUAUAGCCCCGUUUUCUGACAACGAGUUAUCAGAAAAAUUGGAGAUUUGGAGUGCAAUGAAGGAAAGAUACAAAGUGUCAAUGGACUGCAUGAAAAAAUAUGCCAGGCAAUGCAUAGCACGUGGGGCCCAUGUGCGCUGUGUUUCCCAAGAAGAUAUUUUAUCACACGGUUACCCUAUAUUUACCUUUGACCUUCAUAAAGUGUCCAUCUCAGAGAUUUCUGACAUUCAGAGAAAAUUCGCGCUGUCCUGUUUUGGAUCGUCGGUCUUUCACGGUUUUGUUUUAUGGUUUACCGUGACAUUUCCAGAAAAUGUUGUCCUUUCCACUUCUCCUUAUUCACAAGAGACCCAUUGGGGACAGACGUUAUUCUAUAAUGACACAGAGAGGGAGGUGAGACAAGACACUAAGAUUUGUGGAAAUCUUUCUUUAAGACCAAACAAAAAUAAGCCAAGAUUCCUAGAUAUUCAUAUAAGUUACCAAUUGGACGAAGAUGACAUGCAACAGAAAUAUUACUUUAUGAGUGACAACAUUACUUGAAGAUUACACGAAUUUAUAAUGUGUGAGAAAUAGUUUGUUGGCAUGGGUACUCUGGAUGCAAGUGUGAAAACACUGUUUUAAAAGUCAAGUUUAUAUAUUAUCUCAAUGAAGAUAUUUUCAUAUAUUUUUUUUUAAAAUAAGCUUGAGUAAAGUGUUGGGACAUACACAAUUGUUCCUCAAUGAAAAUGGUUGUUAGUAGGUUUUAUAAAAUAAAAGUAGUUGGCAACCUAAA